UAUGGCGUAUUCGGUUGGCCGCUCUGGUCCUCUGGCUCAGAGUCUGCAGAUGCGAGCGAGCCCGCAAUCUGAGCGGGAGACGCAGUGUACCAACCGAAUGCAUGAGCGAUCUCGGAGCAGCGCGCCGGUGGCGCCACUGCGCAGGCAGCGCGGGAAGCCGCCGUGUAAACAUUCUUGUGCGACAGUGACAAAUGGCGUCGUCCAGUUCAGAUGUGCUUGACCGCAGCGACGGCUCUCUCAGCCCAGCGCAGUCACUCUUCCUCACCAUGUAUGACGGUAACGCACCAAGCCCAGUCUUGCUUGGGGAAGCCACCACUGCUGCCAGCGAGAACAGCCCGUCUUCCGGACCAUGGGGAGAAGGCGAGACAAGGCUGUUAUUAAACCUUUAUGCACACUACUCAACCAAAGUAGGCCCCAUGAAAAAAUUCCGCUGCAAGCGUGCUAUGUACGAGUAUAUUUCUAAGGAAAUUCUUCAGAUCCUGAAUAUUUACAGGACUCCGACACAGUGCGAGUCACGAUUCAAGACAAUUGCAAAGCGAAAGAAAGAUGAAGACACUAAUAACAAAACAUCAGGCCAUUCCCGCUGCCAGGUGUCGUAUGAAGAAGAAUUUGCGGCAAUAAGGGCAGCAGAUGACAGCAUACAGCCCGAAGUUCUUCGUGGUGUGCACUCCGUGACAUACAAGACAUCUCAAUCUGCUCAAGGUGCCAAGGAUCCCGCCAACAUUCUUACAGGUGCUGCCAACAUUCCUAUAGGAGCUGACUGUGCUGACCUGUCAGGCAACUCUGAAUUUCUCGACGCCCCUUCAAGCGUAGUUACCGACUCUGCACCAAAAAGAAAGGGAACACACAAGGCAGGCCGUCCUAAUGCAGGUCGAAUGAUGCACAUGAAGUAUUUCUUUGAGCACAUGCAAAUAAUAAAUGAAGAGCGAGAAGCAAAAAGGGAAGAGAGAGAGAAAAGACGAGAGGAAAGGCACCAAGAGCUGCUCAAACUCCACAGGGAGCACAUCGCUGCAUUGAAAGACCUUGCAGCAAAAGAAGACAACAUGUGAAGCGUGGCAUAUACAAGUUCAU